GUAUCGGUAGACAAGUACACACGGGUCUAUCCACCUACCCAGGUAGUCAAGUGAGUUUUGGCUGUGGUGCAUGAGCAAGAACCUAACAUAUGUUGGGGCAACAGUCAGUUGCUAACAGCAGAUAUUGUACCAUCGCUUGAACAGAUGAAAAACCACCAUUUUCUAAAGUAGGGAUCAAACGUCUCAUUCCUGCAAUAUGUUGGUAAGGGAAUUUAGACGGUUGGUUCUUCUCAUCCUUCCUUUGCUCUUGCUAUUAUAUACCGUCGUUCGAUAUUCUCGUAACUGGUCUCCUAUCUCCUACAAUGUAACGGACUGGAUACAGCGGAUACCGUCAGUCAGUCACGUCUUUGGAACACAACAUGAACAGCACGUUCUCGACAGCCAUAGUGACUCUCGGAAUAACAACACGACUAGUGGCAAUAACGGCCUCUCGGGUGUGUUGCUUAACAAUGAAAUCGAAAGUAGCGAGAGUGCCCACGACUCGUUUGGGCCUGAUCCUAAGAAUACGCACAUAGAGCUUUUCUCCACCUCGACGUUAGAUGGAAGGUACUUCAGGGUCAGUUUCGGCGACAGGUUGGCUAUAAACCCUAACAUUAUACCUCAUCCACUCCUUGAGGACACAUGGAUUAUCAUAGCGAAUCAUUACAGCUUAGACAAUACGAUACCAACAGACUUCGUCGAAUUGGCGUGCGAUGCUGUAUUCAACGAAGAUAACACCGAGCUCAAUUGCCUUUUUCCCCCUAUACCGUUACCCAUCGCCGCGACAGGCCUAGGUAAAUGUGAAGGCGAGCUUCAGUAUGCCAGCCUAAACGUUGGGCCUCAUGAUGCUCGUGUCUUCUACGGUCCUCGGAGCCCGUUUAUCAUGUACGGAAGCAACUCUCAGGAGACAUGCUUCGGUCAGUGGAUCCAGGAUUUCCGAGUCCUCGUGAAUUGGGACAGCGGAGACGACUUAGAGGCCAUAAAUGCAAACCUGGAGGGACAGGAGCAGGAAAAUUUCUUUCAGUUAGGGACUGAGCUACGCCGCCCGCCACCUUACUCUCCGAUGGAAAAGAACUGGUUUCUGUUCUGGGAUCCUGACGGCCAGAUGUACGCGCAUUACGAUAUUGCGCCCAAGCGCGUCUUCGCAAAGUUAGAGGUCGACGGCUUAGCAGGGUUAGACCUAGCCCCUUCAGCAGCCAUAGAUGAUGAGAGGUGCAUGGAGAUGUACAUGCCGAAGCCAGGGCCGGUGCACGAAUCGAUUCACCAGUCCACGAACUCGUUGUCUAUCACCAUGUGUCGGCGGUCAGAUCCUAGCUGUUCGCCGAGCGAUGCCAACACAUUCAUAUUUACGAUUUUCCAGCACAAGACGUUCCAUGAUUUCCAUAGCGUGUAUGAACCCUACGUUAUGCUUUUUCGGCGGCGAACGCCGUUUCCAGUUUACGGUAUAUCGCAGAAGCCUCUAUGGAUUCAUGGCCGCGAUGCUCGUAAUCAGAUGUUUUAUGUGACGUCCAUGAGCUGGAAGGCCCGCGGUCAGAAGUACCACGGCUACUUAGAUGAUACACUGUUCCUGAACUUCGGGAUCGAGGACCGAGAGACUGCUAGUAUUGACGUUCUAGCUAGCGAUUUACUUGUUGGAUUGGGUUAUUGUCACGAGACGUGAUACAUGUAGAGCUUUCGACCCUAUUAGCUCUUUAAGUUAUUGAUGUCAUAUACAAGAAGUGGUGGCUCCAAAUUUUGUUCUGCGGCAUUUGAUGGCACGAGGUUCACGGUAUAUAGAGAGAUCCAGGUUAGGAAGUUAUAUAGGAAAUCUCAGAUUUCAUUAGGUACCUAUCUAGUCUAUCCCAUAUAAUUUUAAAACCUACC